AUGUCCAGAGGAUCCAAGAAGAAAACCAAGGUGGUCCGGAACAACGCCAACCCGGUCUGGAACGAGGGGUUUGAGUGGGACCUGAAGGGGAUCCCUCUGGACUCUGUCGCUGAACUGCAGUGUGUGGUGAAGGAUCAUGAGAAGAUCGGACGCAACCGGCUGCUGGGACAGAGCCGUCUGUCUCUCAGAGACGUCCUGCACUCUCCGUCUCUCACCGCGAUGUUCACCGUGUCUCUGCUGGACGCCAAGAAGAACAACACUGGAGCCACGCUGACGCUGCAGGUGUCCUACCUCCCCCCUCAUGGAUUCUCCCCCAUGUACCACCCCCCUCCUCCCCCCGAGCCCAUCCCUCACCCCACCCCCAAUGUAGAGAUGGACACCGUCACCAUGAUCUCUCUGGACACUCUGGGGGAGGAGGACACAGAGAGCCUGCUGAUGGUUGAAGUUCCUGAUGAUCCUGUGGACGAUGGUCGCUCGAUGGUCCUCGUGGGACCUCAGGGACAGACGGAGCAGGACUCUCCCCCCGCACUCACCCCCAAACGCUCUCCCCCGUCCUACAGAGGCCAGGAUAGGCUGAGGAGGAGGAAGAGGGGGGGAGGCGGAGGGCAGCCCAAGCCUCUACCCAACAAGCCCCAGGACCUACAGGUACUGUGGACCUACAGAUACUGUGGACCUACAGGUACUGUGGACCUACAGAUACUGUGGACCUACAAGUACUGUGGACCUACAGGUACUGUGGACCUACAGAUACUGUGGACCUACAAGUACUGUGGACCUACAGGUACUGUGGACCUACAGAUACUGUGGACCUACAGGUACUGUGGACCUACAGGUACUGUGGUCCUACAGGUACUGUGGUCCUACAGGUACUGUGGACCUACAGGUACUGUGGACCUACAGGUACUGUGGACCUACAAGUACUGUGGACCUACAGGUACUGUGGACCUACAGGUACUGUGGUCCUACAGGUACUGUGGUCCUACAGGUACUGUGGACCUACAGAUACUGUGGACCUACAAGUACUGUGGACCUACAGGUACUGUGGACCUACAGGUACUGUGGACCUACAGAUACUGUGGACCUACAGAUACUGUGGACCUACAGGUACUGUGGACCUACAGGUACUGUGGACCUACAGGUACUGUGGACCUACAGAUACUGUGGACCUACAGGUACUGUGGACCUACAGGUACUGUGGACCUACAGAUACUGUGGACCUACAGAUACUGUGGACCUACAGGUACUGUGGACCUACAGAUACUGUGGACCUACAGGUACUGUGGACCUACAGGUACUGUGGACCUACAGGUACUGUGGACCUACAGGUACUGUGGACCUACAGGUACUGUGGACCUACAAGUACUGUGGUCCUACAGGUACUGUGAUCCUACAGAUACUGUGGACCUACAGGUACUGUGGACCUACAGAUACUGUGGACCUACAGGUACUGUGGACCUACAUGUACCGUGGACCUACAAGUACUGUGGACCUACAGGUACUGUGGACCUACAAGUACUGUGGACCUACAGGUACUGUGAUCCUACAGAUACUGUGAUCCUACAGAUACUGUGGACCUACAGGUACUGUGGACCUACAGAUACUGUGGACCUACAGGUCCGGGUUCGUAUCAUCGAGGGGAGACAGCUUCCUGGCAUCAACAUCAAACCCGUUGUCAAGGUAACGAUCGCCGGGCAAACCAAGAGGACGCGCAUCCGCAAAGGAAACAACCCGGAGUUUGACGAGACUUUCUUCCUGAACUUCUUCGAGACGCCCUCAGACCUGUUUGACGAGCCCAUCUUCAUCACUGUUUGUGAUUCUCGCUCUUUAAGAACAGAUGCAGUGAUCGGAGAGUUCAAGAUGGACGUUGGAACAGUUUAUAAUGAACACAGACACUGCUUCUUGAGGAAGUGGCUGCUGCUUUGUGACCCGGAGGAUCUAUCUGCUGGGGUCAAAGGUUAUCUCAAAGUCAGUCUGUUGGUGCUGGCAGCAGGAGACGAGCCCCCGGCUGACCAGCGUGAGUGUGUGUCUGAGAGGGAGGACAUCGAGGGGAACAUUCUGCGUCCUGCUGGUCUGAGUCUGAGAGGAGCCACCUUCACCAUCAAAGUGCACCGAGCUGAGGACCUGCCCCAGAUGGACGAUGCCAUCAUGGCCGGAAUGAGGCAGUUUCUGGGCUUCGAUGGAAACAGGAAGAACCUGGUGGAUCCGAUGGUGGAGAUACACUUCGCUGGAAAAACAGUUUGCACUAAAAUCCUUGAGAAAAAUGCAAAUCCACAGUGGAACCAGAGCCUCACCAUGCCCAUCCGGUUUCCCUCCAUGUGCGAGAAGAUGAGGAUCAGAGUCAUGGACUGGGACAGAGCCAGUCAUAACGACGUCGUUGGAACCUCUCACCUCUGCAUGUCCAAGAUCUCAGCUCCUGGAGGACAGAUCGAUGAUGGCUCCGCCCCUCAGCCCGCCCCCUCUGGCCUGGACGAUGGACUCGGCUUCUUACCAACGUUCGGUCCGAGUUUUGUGAAUCUCUACGGGAGUCCGAGAGAGUUCAGCUCCUUCAGCGACCCUCAUGAGGCUCUGAACCUGGGCAAGGGGGAGGGUGUAGCGUACCGUGGUCGUCUAUUACUGGAGCUCAGCACUAAACUCGUGGAUAAACCUGAGCCCAGGACUGAUGACAUCACCUGUGACGAGCAGCUGGUGGUCGAGAAGUUCCUGCGGAAGCGUAAGUUCUCGCUCUUCGUGGCGUUCUAUUCGGCGACGCUGCUGCAGGACGUGGAUGGCGCUGUGCAGUUCGAGGUCAGCAUCGGUAACUACGGCAACAAGUUUGACACCAGCUGCCUCCCACUGGCCUCCACCACACAGUACAGCUGCGCCGUGUUCGAUGGGUGUCAGUAUUAUUACCUGCCCUGGGGUAACGUGAAGCCGGUGGUGGUUCUGUCGUCUCAGUGGGAGGACAUCAGGCCCAGGAUCCAGGCCCUGAACCUGCUCCAGUCUGCAGCAGACCACCUGGAGAGAAACCUUAGGGCGGUGAAGCUGGAGGAGCAGGCAGGAGGAGACCUGGAUCGGCUGGAGCUCGGGGUAGUGCGGCUGCUCGAUCACGUUAUAGAGGACUGCAGCCUGGACCUGCCCAGUCUAGAGCAGUGGUCCUGUGCGACGCCGUUGGACCGGUCUCUGCGUCACAUCCGUAGCGUCCAGAUGCAGCAGAUCAAAGACUCUGCUCUGAGCCUUAAACAUGGACCAGAAACGGAGCUGAAGGAGGUCCUGGACCAGGCGGAGGAGUGGGCCUCGCGCCUCCGGGAGCUGGCGCAGGAGCCUCAGAACAGCCUGCCGGACAUCGUGGUGUGGAUGCUGCAGGGGGACCGCAGACUGGCCUAUCACAGGGUCCCGGCUCACCUGGUCCUGUUCUCCCCAGACCCCCGCACCAGAGGGAGGCACUGUGGGGAGGUGCAGAGCGUCUUCCUCAAGUACCCACAGGGCUCGGGAGCAGAGGCCAAGCUUCCAGGGCAGCUGCGGCUGAAGAUGUGGUUUGGUCUGAGCUCCGACGUCAAACACUUCAACGACUGCGCAGAAGGAAAACUGUCCGUGUUCGCAGAGACGUACGAGAACCAGACACGGCUCGCCCUGGUGGGCAGUUGGGGAACUACAGGCCUCUCUUACCCCAAGUUCAGCGACGUCAGCGGCAGAGUGAAGCUGCCCAAGGAGAGCUUCAGACCCUCGGCAGGAUGGAGCUGGGCUGGGGACUGGUACAUCAGCCCCGAGAGGACGUGA